CACCUACUCCACCCCACUUUGAUCGGGAUCACUCUCAAAAGAAAAAUAUUUUCUCGAAUUUUUGGCGUUAUUGGUGCCUAUUGUAGUUAUUUUGAAGUUUUCACUUGCUCAUUGGUUACCUUCACUCAUUCACUCAUUACAACCUUUGUUCAUUUCACCCUUUCACGCGUCCUGUCAACUUUCACGACCCCUGCUCAUCUUUCUGGACUCUCACAUUCACCGUCGCUCGCCCUCGCUUAUAUCUCUCACGUUUACCUCCAACUCGAUACCACCAAACCUUCUCCUUUCCUCACGCCCGGAAUGACAUAUCUUGCUUGAUAUGUUUGUUUAGGAUCUCAAGACUUUACUUCUCUUCCGACAACCGGCACAAACAUGGGGUCUUCUCGCCCCACCGUAAAGGUCGAAGAGCCCUCUACUCCCUCCCCAAGGAAGCGAACAGAGCUGUAUUCAGGCCUACUUGCCUCGUUCGGGGCCACCAGCUCUCCCGGAUCGGCGGGAAGGCGCAACAACAAUUCCGACUCUGCUGCAAUUGGCCAUGUUGCAGAGAAGUCACCUCACCCACAGGCCAGCACACCGCGUAUCAAAAGUGAGUUUACCGAAGACGAGUUGCUCGAUCGCCGUCACCGUAACGUCAGCGUUGGCGCACACCAAUCCGGUAACCCUCAGGGUGAGGCGAUCAGCCUGUCCAAGGGAAGCGUUGCGGAAGAGGGCGAGAGUGUCAAGAUGGAAGCACGAAAGAAGGAACGCCUUGAUGGGCCCCGUAGAAGUACUCGCAAAAAGAAAGACGACAUCCUGGCUUCGGACACGAUCAAGACCGAUAAAGAUACCAAAGACGCAACAAGGAAUGCUGCCCCUCGGGCCAACCUGAAUACUGCUCGACGCCGACUACGCGAGGGUAUCGCAUUGAGCACGAAAGCCAAGGCAAAUAACUUCUUUGUUGCUCAUCAGCAAUUCUUUUUGCCCCUUCUGCCGCCCGACAAUUAUAUCUCGAGGCUCAUCAGCAAGGGGAAAACAUCACCAAUGGAGGAAUACACAGAGCUCACCGAACAGCCCCAUGGAGUGAGAGCAACGUUGAAGCCUUAUCAGCUAUCCGGGUUAUCCUUUCUCGUUCAUCUCCACAACAAUGGAUUUUCAGGAAUUUUGGGUGACGAGAUGGGUCUAGGAAAGACCUUGCAGACACUGUCCCUCUUUCAAUAUUUGGAAGAGCGGGACCAAGCGAACGGGGUUCAGUCGGAAGAAGUACGCCCCUACUUAGUGAUCUGUCCUCUCAGCGUCCUGGAUUCGUGGGUAAACGAGGCAAACAACUGGGUUCCUGACCUCAAGAUCCUAAAGUACCAUGGAAGUGUUAAUGAGCGCAUCCGUCUGAAGAGAAUGGCACAAGGUUUGGAAGACGCAUACGGCAACAAUAUUCGCCGUUCACGAAAUUCACCUAGUGGGGAACCCGAGACGGAGAGGUACAAGAUUAUCGUGACCACUUACGAGGCCUUCCAAUCAGACCAAUCCUGGUUUAAACAUUCGUUGGCAUGGAGAUAUGUCGUCCUUGAUGAAGGCCACAGAAUCAAGAACGGUGGAACACAAAUUGCGUCUGCUCUCAGGAGCAUUAGCGCGGAGUUUCGCUUGAUUUUGACUGGUACGCCUUUGCAGAACAACCUCGUCGAAAUGUGGGCAUUACUUUGUUGGCUGUAUCCCAAUGUAUUCACACGCAACACGGAAACUCUGUUCAAAGAGUCAUUCGAUCUGACACGCGGCAAGAUCAAUACACAGACCAUGGAUGAUGCUCGCCGCCUGUUGGAGCUGAUUAUGCUUCGACGUAUGAAAGACAGCCCAAGCGUCAAUCUCGGACUUCCAGAGAAAGAAGAGGUACUCCUCUACGUGCCUUUGACUCCGAUGCAAAGGUUCUGGUACACCAGGCUCCUAACCCACGUUGAUGAUGCGAUCCUCAAUGAAGUUUUCUGCAAUUCCCAGAGCAAGGAAAUUGCAUCGAUAAAGCAAGAACAGCAAGAGGAUGCGUUAGCAACCCAGCUAGAAAAUCUUGAGGAUACCAAGUCCGGCAUCACUGGUAGCCAUAACACACACUUGUGGGGGGACACAGCCGCCAUCAUAAAGCAAUCUAUAGAGCAGGAGCAAAGACAGAAUAAGGGCGGGUCCAAAUCUGCCUGGCGGAAGCUCAUGAACCUGAUCAUGCAAUUGCGCAAGUGUUGCUCCCACCCGUAUUUGCUGCCCGGAGCCAUGCCUGAAAUUUACUACCCAGGCCAGCAUCUGAUUCGAGCCUCCGGAAAAUUCAUUUUGCUCGAAAAAUUGCUAAAACAUUCUAUCUUCGAACAAGGGAAAAAGGUCCUCAUCUUCUCGGGAUUCACUACAUCAUUGGACUUCUGCGAAGACUUGCUCGAGCUCGUCGGAGACUAUGGCCAGAAAUUCAAGUAUGUGCGGCUUGACGGUGCAACUAUGCGGGCUCGACGUAAUCUUGACAUCCGAAUGUUCAAUGAUAAGAAAUCCGAUUACAAAGUCAUGCUUUUGUCAACCCGGGCUGGUGGCCUUGGAAUCAAUCUUACAAGUGCAGAAGAUGUUAUCUUUCUGGACGAGGACUGGAACCCGCAGAUCACGUUGCAGGCCGAGGCUAGAGCUCAUCGUAUUGGGCAAACGAACAAGGUUACCAUAUACAAGCUUUGCACCCAAGGGACUGUUGAGGAACAGAUGAUGGGACGUAUUCGCAAGAAGCUAUAUCUCUCAACAAAGAUUACCGAGUCGAUGCGCAACAUCCAUGGCGAUCAUCGACAGGGAGUGGUGAAUGGACAAGUGAAGGCGGAAGACGAUAUGCCUCAAAUGGACACAUCGCAGUUGAAGUCAUUGGUCCGUCGUGGAGCCCGUACUCUUUCGCACCCAGAGAUCAAUGCAACCGAGAUGUUAUCAUGGGAUCUGGACACGAUGUUGCAGAAGUGCCGAGACCUGCCAUCCGAUAUGUCUGCUCCAACCUCUGAAAUCGAUGAAGAGAAAUGGUUGUCGGUUAUGGAACGCGUCGAGUGCGCUGUCUUCGAGGGCAAGAAAUAUCAGCGCAAGUUGGAGAAGGACACUGAUGCCUCCAAUAUUCUUCCUGAUUCGAUCGGACGAGAGGACCGCCGGAUAGGCAAACACACCACUGUCAUGGUUGAUGGAUUUGCGAUUACCAAGGAAUUGCUCAACUGCGCUGAUUGGGAGGCUGUUCCCACCAUGGCCGGUAAAGAUCCUAGGCUCGCAGAACCGAAGCGCGAGAAGAAGCGUGAGAUUAAGCAUGAGGAUCUCUGCCUCGCUUGUAAUAAUGGCGACAACUUAAUGGGUUGCAGAAGUUGCCCACGGUCUUUCCAUCGCGCCUGCCUGACCGACGAGUUUCAGUCCCGCAUCACUGCUUUGACUGGCUUCUAUUGUCCGCAGCAUGAGUGUUGCGAGUGUGGCAAAAAGACUGCCGAUGCUGGCGGACUGAUCUUUCGUUGUCGUUGGUGUGAAUAUGGCUUCUGCGAGGAUCACGUCGAUUGGGACGCCGUGGAGCUUAUUGGCGACAAUCUUCCUGAAUUUCAGAUGCUUGGUGAAGAUGCACCGCCUGGCGGUUUCUACAUCAAAUGCGCGUAUUGUAAAGGCGGAGAUGAUGAUCGCAAGGACUGGAUUGCAACUGCGGAGCAGGAUUUCAAGCAAGAGUUUGAUCUGUGGUUGCAGGAUCUGGGAGAAGAGCAGGUCCAGUUGAAGAAAGAGCAUGACGAGAUUCAGCAGAGUCAUGAUCAGAAGAUUAAGCAGGAGGGUUACAUGUCACCCGGAUACGGCUCCACUAUGGGCUAUCAAGACAUAGCGUCUCCUCCUGCAUUGACGGACACCAGUUUUGCUACACCUGCCCUGGGUGAGUCUCCAGUCUCCACCCCAAACCCGACCACGUCUUCGCGAGAUAACGCCGGCGUCAAGAAAAGGCCAAUGUUGAUAGGGGACGACGAGAUUGAUACGGGUGAAGUCUCCAAGAAAAAGUUGAAGCCUGACCCAGAUGCUUUGAACUCAGAAGGGUCUCCAAUCAUCAUCGUUGACUAAAUAUCAAAGCAUUCUUCAGAAUGCUGGCAAAGGAUGAAUGGCUCCGUAUCGGUCAGAUACGGUCAUUUGGCAUCGGUUCAUCAUAUUUUGUCCCUUGGUGUCAUGGAUUGAGUUUCUCUCUGGAUCAUUACGGCUUGGGAAAUGGAUCAAUGGAUUAGGUUUCUCUAUGGGGUUUAUCAUGGCUUGGAAAAUGGAUCAAUGUGGUUUGUUUGCAAUGAAAGUGGCCGCUUUCUAACAUUCCAAGAUUUCAACACCAAGCUCAAUGGGAAUCUUUCAGGUUUACAUGGCGUUUGUGGUGGGCGUUGGGGCACACGGGAUACCCAUCAACUCAGACCAUCGCGCGCUGAGACUUCUGGAACCAAACUUACGC